AUGGAUGGAUGUCCGUGUGCUCUGAGUAUUUACGUUCAGUUUGUUCUCUGUCCACCAGGAAAGGUCUCGUGUGCCAUCUGCAAUAAACGAUGUCGAGGUACGGUACUCAAAAUCGAGGACCACUACAUCCACAAGCUUUGCUUCAAGUGCCAUAAAUGCGGAAAGGCCUUGGACGAAAAGGACUUCCAAUUUCGCGACCAAUGUCUCUAUUGUCCUGAAGACUAUCGUCAGGAAUAUUCCAUCAAAUGUGCUGCAUGUGGCAAUCCCGUAGAGGGUGAAGUUGUCACAGCUUUGGGAAGUACCUUCCACACUUUUUGCCUUCGUUGCUUCUCUUGCAAUCGAACAAUAUCAUCGGGUGAAAAGACAAUGUCCUUUAACAAACGCUUUUACUGUGAAAAGUGUGUUCCUCCUCAAAUUGCGCGAGAAGACAGUACCGGAGUUGAAGAGGUCAUCUCAAAUCCUCCCGAGAAAUGGAUCUCUUCCUCUUCCCCCGCACCUGCACCAGAGCUUUCUGUUGAGCCUCAAGAGAAGUCCCUGCCAAAGGUGAAGAUUCCUAAGAGUUCCUCCCUUCCGCGUCGGUUAGGUGGUUUAUUCCGUUCCAAGAAGUCACAUUCGCAAACUCUUCAACCCAUCGCUCCUUCAACUCAGAUGGACGAUUUGAAUUCGAAGAAUGUCACAUUGACAAAUGGAGCUGAUGCUUUGACCGUCAAUGUCGCGGAAGUAGAUAUGGCCACAGUCUAUCUUGUGGCAGGAUUUGAGCGGCAUCGGUCACGUCAGCACAGCCAAAGUCCGACCUACAGCCUGUACUCCGGAGAUGAAACCGUUCUCGUCAAACAACAAGAUGUGCAAACCACUCCAAUGGAGAACUACUCGGUGAUACACAGCACAAGCGGUACCCCCGCAGUGCCUUAUUCCCUCGAUGCCGCAUUGACCACACCUUCAAUGGUAAAUACUCUCUCUGGUGACGUUUCCACACUUCUCUUCGGCUCCGUAAAACGAAUCUGUCCACCUGGUGUGGACUAUGGCCACCAAUAUCCUGUCUCCUACCUACGCCUAGCUGAACAGGGUUACACUGCUGUUACUAGCUCCGAUCUUCUCAGUUCUACCAGUCCUCUUUCUGCCACUACUACUCCGGCUUCCAUUCGUCGUCCGCCACCCUCCGCUAGCGCAUCUUCCACUCAACGUCUCUCUCGCCGAGAUAUGCCUUCAACUCACCAUGCACAAACUCGCACAUUGCCAACCAGCUCCGCGGAUCCGACGUCACGACAAGUUGGAGGGUACAUGGAUCACCGGUACAACGCGCAGGUCUUUGGUGAAGUCGAUGGUGCUAGGCCUGAAAAGGAUCGAUACACACGGUAUAGGCAGCUAUCCCCUGCCGGAAACUCAAUGGGGCGAGCACUCAGCUCGGGUCGAAGUGGUGGUGCGCCUCCCAACUUCAUUGUUCGCAAAUCACAAACCUACUCCUCCUACUCCACUCCGAAUGUCAACAGUCGGCGUGCUGAAUCAAUGAUGCGAUCACCACCACGUACAGGCAGAUCCAUGAGUCCCGAGGCUGCUCUCUUGGUUCAAGCGGAGGCCAGACGUUUGGCAGCCUAUCCGGGGGCUAAAAUUCCUGAUGCUGACAGCGAACCAGCUAUCGAUCGAUAUGAUUGGCCGGCACCACCAUCUCCGGCCGUUGUCAUGAUUGAUCGUCGUGAGUCUUUUCUUUACUUUUCCAACACAUUUUUGUGA